UGCAUAUUACCCCAUCGGAUGGGUCCCUCUGCCGUCCGAUGAUGAAAACUUGAUAUUGACUAAAUAGAUUGAGUGCUUUUAGUCUCUUCUAGACUACCGGUUUUACUAUAUAGUUGCUGAUCAUAAAUUGGGGCCCGUCCCUCCUCUGCUCGGCCUUGAUAUACUCAUCUUGUCUGGUUUAACUGGGGUACUGUCCUCUGUACUAUUUUCAUUUUACAUUCCCUAGAGAGCUUAUAAUCGAAUCUUGUCUUCUUCGUUUCACUGUACAACUCUUGUCACUUUCCAAAUCCCUUCAAUAUGCAUACUUCAGCAUUGCUCUUAGUCCUCUCCUCCCUUGGUGCUCAUGCAGUUCCUCUCCUCCGUCCUAGAGCAAAUGAUACCUUCGCGCGCAGAGAUGUGCAAUAUUCCGUUGUGAAUGUUGGCGGUCUACCUAGCGCCGAAACGACACCGGUCGUCGAAACCGUUACUGUUGCCUCUCCUCCACAGGCCCCGGUGACAAUCACUAUCACACACACCCCAUCGUCAUCCCCUUCCAGUACUCCUACUCCGUCGUCUUGGAGCACUGGGCCAUUGUCAACUGGCAUUCCCAGCGGAGGGUCCCCGAUCGUGGCCCGAGGACUGAACGCCACUGCUCGGAGAUUCCGGAGGUCUUCCUCUGCCAACAGCACUGAGGUUCAUGAUCUUGCUGCUCGUCACAAUGGCACUGUGUCUCACCUUGAUGCUCGAAGCAACAACACUGCCUCCUUGGUUUCUCGCAGUAACAGUACCGAAUCUACGCUCAUUGCUCGGAGCAACGGUACUGCCAUCCUCACUGCCCGUGGAAACAGCACAGAGUCCAAGAUUGCCGCUCGGGGGAACGGUACUGCUUCUGGCCUGGGCGCUCGCAGCAACAUUGUCAACUCUCGCCUGACGGCCCGCACUAAUAACAUUGCAUCUUCUGUCGCCGCUCGCAGCAACAGUACCAACUCCCACGUCAAGGCUCGCAGCUUGAAUAUCAGUGACCGUGCUGUUCUUUACCUUCGAGAUGCCCUAAACUCCACCCGCGUUCAUGACAGCAAUGCUGUGGUGAAGAGGAGCUCGAAUGGUACAUCGCUUGAGGCUUAAAAUUGAUGCAAAUAUGCGAAACAUGCCUGGAUAUGUGCGGACAGAUUGCGUCUCUUGGCCAAAAUGAUUGGCCACUUUAUCGCUUAUAAGAUAAGCGAAAUGAACAAUGAUAUGACAGGUACGAUAUGAAAAGACUGAUGAACAUGACGGAUGAUCACUGGCACGCUUUCCUUCUCAUUCUCUGGUUUCGUUAUGAUGAUUGAACAUGAUAUUCGAUGUGAUGAUGGUACAUUAUACAUAUGCAUAUGGCGUUUUGUCUGUCUUUCCUUUGGCGUGUUUUUUUUUUUCGGUAGGGUUUACUCUUUUUUUUACCCCGGUUGCCAGAUUGGCUCUUUAUAUAGAUUAGAUGGCUUGAACUUCUCAAGGAGUAUAUAGAAUGUGGAAAAAUCCAAUGCAUAUACUAUUCAUUUA